AUGGCUUCCAACUCGUUCAGAGACUCCAUCAACUCUCUGGGCUGGUCGCGCCGCGAUCAGGAUGUCCCCGUCAACACGUCGCAACAGACUGGUCUGCUAUCAUCUAUCAAGUCUUUCAACCCGUUUGGGAACAACAGCUACAUUCAGCUCCCGACGACCGAGGGAGCAGGAGCCCCCUUGCCCGCUGCCAGUAGAAGAGAAGAGGAGGAAGGCUUUGCUACGCUGAGUCGAUGGGACCGGUUGCUCAUCUUCGGUGCCUGCAACCUGGGCGCGCUCGCUUGCUUCGUCAUCUGCUUCGCCCUGUUCCCAGUGCUGUCCCUGCGACCGCGCAAGUUUGUAAUUCUAUGGACACUUGGUUCCCUCCUGUUCCUGGCCUCCUUUGCGGCCGUCAUGGGCCCUAUGGCUUACGCGCGCCAUCUUAUCUCCGGGCCUCGCCUGCCUUUCACCGCGGCUUACUUUGGGUCGCUCUCGCUGUCGCUUUACUUCUCUCUCGGUCUUCACAGCACCUUCCUCACCCUCAUCUCAGCUCUCAUCCAGCUGGCAUGCUUGCUUUGGUAUCUGGUCAGCUACUUCCCAAUGGGAUCCAGCGGCUUGCGAUUGGCAACGACAUUUGGAGCGAGAAGAGCAGCGGCUUGGAUGUCUGGCUAA